AUGUAACAGGAUUAGAAUCAAGGUAUAGACCAUCAAAUUGCAGAUAAAGAAAUUAAUACUUAAGAUUAAUUAUUAGAGCAAUAGAAGAAAUUUAGAAACUUAGAAUCUGAUAGAAAGGCAUAUGCUGAAGAAACUGUUGCAAACAUUAAAAAAUAAAGAGGAAUUAUUGAUAAGCUCAAGAAUGAAAAUUAUAUUCUAAAGGACUUAAUAGCCAAGAUGAAUUCCUAAAAAUUAUAAUUAAAUCAAACUACAUAUUCUAAAGGACCUAAUAUUGAUACAAUAAUUGAUGAUUUGAAAGUUGCAAUUAAUGAAGAGAAGAAAGUUUAGGAAGAGAUUGAUACACAUGUUGCUGAUUUUCAAAAGAAAAUUAUUGAAAAAAGACAUGCUUUAGGUGGAUACAAUGCAGGAGCAGAAAAUGAAAGUGCUUUACAAAAACAAAUUAAAAUUUUAGAAAAUAGAUUAGAUAAAACAAAUCAAAAGUUUAAUGAAGCUAUUGCUAUCAAUAAAUAAUUAAGAUAAUAAAUUGAUAGUUUACGUAGAGAAAGAGUUAUUUUUGAUAAUCUUUAUAAAAAAUUGGAAAAGGAAUUACAUGAAAAAAGAAAAGUAUAUUUAAUAUAUUAAUAUUAUUAUAGGAAAUGGCAGAUAUAAUUGAAACUGCUAAUACAGCUUAUGAAGAAAGAGAUAAAGCAAAUGAUUUAAUUUAAAGUUUAAAAUAAUAAGCAAAAAGAGAAUCUGCUGAUUUUGAAAAAGAUCUAAGAGAAUUGAGUUAAAUUAUGGAAAAAAAUAAAAAAACAUUAGAUUAUAUGAAAUUAACAGAAAAAAAUAGAGAAAUUGAUUAAUAAGAAGUUGUUGAUCCUGAUAAAUUCACUAAACCAAAAACUAAUAAAUUGACUAGAGAUAAAACUGUCAAUUAAACUAUUGUUGAAUAAAUAAUGAAAUAUGAAGAAGACUUUGCUAAAAUUUAGGCAGCUACUUAAAUUAAAGUUUUUGAUGAAUUAAUCAAAAUAUUUAUUUAAAAUGAAGAAAAAGUAAAAUUAUACUUUAUAGUGAUAAUAGAAUUUUUAAAUGUUUAAAUAUGUCAAUGAAUUAAGUAACGAAAUUGAAGAUCUAGAAAAACAAAUAGGAGAAUUAAAAGAUGAAGCAUCAUUAUAUGAAGGUCAAGGUUCUAAUGUAGAUGUUUAAAGAAAAAGACAUCUUAAAGAUUUAGAGGAGAAAUUAUCAAGAUCAGAAUAGAAAUCAGAAUCAUAUGAAUUCAAAUAUAAUGAAUCUAUUAAACUUAUUAAUAGUUUAACAGUAUCUCAUUUCUUUCUAUUAUUUAGAAUUGGAUAGAAACACUAUUUAAUACAGUUGAAUGUGAUAAAUAAAUGGCAACAGAAAUAGCAGGAUCUCAUGGAGUUACUGAUACUAACAUGAUGAUUUAUUUAGGAUUAAUAGAAAAUAAAACUAAUAAAUUAUUGCAAUACUAUUAAUAAAUUCAUUAGAAAAUAUCAGAAAACUAAAUCAAUUCAUUAUAAUAAUUAGCAUAAAUGAAUGAGAAGAAUCUUUAAAAUAAAAAUAGAGCAGAAUUACCAUAAUUUGGUAAUUUAAAUUAAAUUAUUUUAGAUGAACAUGAGGAUGAUGACAUAGAAGGAGAUAAAAUAUUAUCAGUUGAGGAAUUUAAGAAAAAAGCUCUUGAAAAACUUGAAGUAUUUAUUUAGCUCUCAUUUAGAAAUAAUAAAAUUAAACAAAAAAUAAGAGAGCUGGACCUAAUAAAUUAAGAAAAAAUAAAUGA